GCGGAGCUGUGCGGAGAGGAGAGAGCGCAGAUUGCGGGUGUCCGGGCUUUAAAAGCGGGCGUCACCUCGCGGCUCAGCAUCAGCAUCUUAAGUGCGAGAGAACAGCUGAUACACACACAGACGCUGCUGGCAAUUUAUCAUAUGCAAUGAUGUCACUGCAAAAACCUCUCUUGAGACGAAGCGCGUCAAACGUAGAAUCGACCAAUCACAGUGGUCCUUUGUUGACUCCGCCCACCUCCCUUAAUUUACACUCCUCCCACAACCAGCACCUCAACUGUGACACCAUAAAGCAGGGUGUGGUCGUGGUGUCCAAGGAAACACAUGGUUCUACGGCGCCCUCAAAGAUUCGCCAGAAAUAUGAGCUGACGAAUAUUCAAAAUGCCAUGGGUCUUACCCAAAACUCUGUCCUGCCAAACCAAAGCCAUGCCCCUUUGAACAGAAAACACGCCCCCACAAAAUCUGCAUCCUCUUCGUCUCUUUUCUGCUCCUCCCUUUCGUAUUCCACGUCCAAUCCUAAACUGGCCAAAAACGGCACCAACCUGCAACUGAAAGUGGAGCAACUGGACCUCAACAAAAACGCCAAGAACCACAAUGACAUCUCAGGAAAAGACACUCAGAAGAAUCCACCAAUCCGAAGGAGAACCAAGAGUUUUCUAGAAUACCAUCAAGAGGAGGAGGAGGAGAAGGUGUCCAACAGCCCUGAUAAAGACCUCCUCACGCAGGGUGAUGAGAAACACCUCCUCCCGAAGCUUGAGGCACAGACCUGGGGUGAAGAGAACCGCGUGGAGGCACACCUCACCCUCCCCCAGAAUCACCUGCUUCUCCAGCCCAGCGAGGAGGAGGAGCAAAGCCCCGAACUCGACAUUUAUGAGCACAUGCUCCGCCCGAACAAUGAGCGGAUGAGCCGGGUCAGAAACAGGUCAGUGGAAAGCAGCGGUUCUCCAGGCCGACUUCAGAUGAGCCCAGCGUCCACGUUCCGUCUGCCUCUGAGAGGGGCAGAUACCGAUGAUUCACCUGGACGUCCAACACGACCUGAGAAACAGGUGGAGGAAGAGGAGGAAGAUUCCAGCUGGACGACACUGUCACAGGACAGUCCAUCCUUCGAUACACCUCACGAAACAGGUUUGUGGGAUGAGCAUUCUCAGGUGCACGACGUGUCACAGGAGUAUUUUUGGCAUGUUUCAAUGGACACCACUAUACGAGAUCGACCCGUAACCCAUGUCGCCCGCGCUGACCCGGAGACCUCACCCGUUCAACAGACAGUGAAGGGGGUCUGUCUGUCUGUGCCCCCUUCUAAAGCACAGAGUGAGAGGCCCAGCAGUAUAGUGUCAGACAGUUCUGUAGAGCCUGUACCUUCAUCAGCAGCUUCCUCUCCCUCCUCUUCCUCACUGUGUUAUAAGGCAAUGGGACACGCGGCCAGUUUCCUCAACAACAACUAUCUGGACCUGACAGAGACAUGUGAGCCCAGAGAGAGAGACAAACGAAGGCAGAGAGAAAGACAGGAGGAGAGAGAGAGUGAGAGAGACAGAGGAAGUUUGGGUGCUCAAGGAGGUCCAUACAGCUUCAUUAACCACAGAGCUAAAGUCUCAUCGGCCCCUGCUGAUACAGUCAUACCCAUCAAUGAGCUGGAAACACAGGUGUUUACGGUUCAUUAUCUGGGCUGGUCAGAGGUGCGAGAUGCAGAUGUGACGUGCGGAAAAAGCGGUGCGGUGGUUAGUGAAUGCAUCCAACAGCUGCAACGACGGCGAGAGAGAGACAGCGUGGGGGCACAAGCGAUGCUAUUGGUUCUGCAGGACGUCACUCUUACCCUGAUUGACCCUGCUGACCACACCCUUCUGCACACUGAGCCAAUCAGCUGCAUCCGUGUGUGGGGAGUGGGGCGGGGCUUUAGCAGGGAUUUCGCGUACGUAGCCCGGGACAAGAACACGCGUGUGUUAAAAUGUCACGUGUUUCAAUGUGACAGUCCUGCAGAAUCCAUCGCCAGCAGCCUGAAGCUCAUCUGCUCCAAGAGUAUGGCCGAGCGGAGAAGUGCUGGUUCUGUCGAAGGUUCUUCAUCUCUGUUCAGUUCAGAUGUUCCUCUCAGAGUAGAGUUUCCAACACCAAAGACUGACAUCCAACACAGUUUCCAUGUGCUUUACCUCGGAAUGACCUCAGUACUGAGACCGAUGGGAAUGGACAUGAUAAAUGGAGCGAUAGAUAGUCUGAUGUCCACUGCAGGGAAAGAGGACUCGACACCCGUCCUGCUCAAUGUUGCUGAUGCCACGAUCACUGUCAUUAAAGAAAAGCAGGAAGAGGAGGAGGAAGUCGUAGUGCAGUGUCGCGUGCGGUUCCUGUCGUUUAUGGGUGUCGGUCGUGACGUCCACACGUUUGCAUUCAUCAUGGACACGGGAAACCAGCACUUCCAGUGUCACGUGUUCUGGUGUGAACCCAAUGCAGGGAGCGUGUCAGAGGCCGUGCAGUCAGCAUGUGUGUUGCGGUAUCAGAAGUGUUUGGGGAAGAGCAGCUCCUUGUCUCCGCCCCCUUCUGACUCCGUCACACGCCGUAUGACAUCCAGCGUGAAGCGCGGCGUCCAAUCAAUUAUAGACACUCUGAAAAAGAAGCCCGCCCCUGAAGUUCCCCACCAAUGACAGAACAAAACAGCAGCGAUGGACAGCAGGAGGGUGUGUGUACAUUUACUGAUGCAGCCAAGGAGAAACACACAAUCCAACGUAAAGACGGCAACAAAAAAUGACAAAAGAUUAACGAGGAGCGCUUUACGAGAACACCUUCAGUCAUAUCAGUGUGCAGAAUGAAGCAUGCCUCUGCCUUACACCAACACAUACAUUUUCACAGUAUUUUCAAAGUAUUUUGGGGUGUCGGAGUGAAAUGAAGUUCAUGUCUUGCUGUUAUCAUCAUGCUCAUAUCAAUGUUAUUUUCAUGUGUGACCUGAAUUCAGACUUGUGCCAUAGUGUGUUUAAUUUCAAAGCACUUGCUCAUUAAAACGCAAUUCACACACUUGGGAAAUUGGAUCCUUUGAAAUUUUUCUGCUCUUUACCAAGAAAUCUAGUGGAAAUUUUCUGGUGCUGGGUAGCGAGCAGGGGUGGACUGGGAAGAGAAAUCGGCCCAGGAUUUUACAUAGAAACUGGCCCAAAAGUUGUUGAGCAGGGGUGGGGUGGGGGUGGGGGGUUGUCGCUGUCCUUUUCUGCAUAUCGCUGCCCCCUACGGCAUAUCGCGGCGCCGUUUUGUGGCCCGUUCUGCAUAAUGUGGCGGCUCAUUUCACCUUAUGGAGGCCCAUUCGGCCCGUUUCGCGGCAGGCCCAGUUCUCCCGAUUUUCCAGUCCACCCAUGAUUGGCCCCAAAGUGCGUCGGCCAACCGGAAAAAUGCCCGGUAUGCCAGGUUACCAAUCCAGCCCUGGUAGCAAGUGAGGAAAGGUUUGUGUAAAAUGUCCAAUUUUAGUUACAAUUCACAGAGCUCACACAUCAUGAUGAUAUAGAGAUGCAUUAAUGUAUGUUCUGCAGUUGGGAAUAUCAUAAUACACUGGAGUUUGUCUGUAAUAUCUGUGUGCUCAGCUUUAUACUGUAACAGAGAACAAAAUGGGGAAUAUGAACGUUUAAUCUGAUCACACACACACACUCCUUUAGUUAACACCACAGCUAGAAACAUAUUCUUCACAAGUAUUCAAUGUUUGCAAGCGCACAGUCCUGUUUUACACACUGAACGUGUGUUCUUGUGUUGCUGGGGCGGUAACACACUUUAGUACUAAGCUAUUAAAAAAGAUUAUUUCAGUGUGAUUAACUGCGAAAAAAUGUACACAAUUAAUCAUGUCCCUGGACCGUAAUAAGGAAUAUUCCUGCCAUCGGAGCAAUUGGAGCUUGAGGUAGCGCGUGAUUUCAGCAGGGGGCAGUAAGUGAAACUCCAGCUGUAUAGACAACAAACACACUCAGACUUGACUGACACCAGCGACAGCACAAGAGGACGCGUUCUUGCAUUCAAACAUCUGGAUGAAGCACAAUUCUGAGUGCACGGAUCUCCAGACGUUUAACUUGAAACAGUGAACUAAAAACACUGUGUUUAUGAAACGACGCAACCAAAGUGAGACGCUCCAAAAAAGCAUCCGUCUGCAUUGACGCAUUGCUUUAUUAUAAACCUACCACGGACUGACGAAUUGAAUUGCUAAAUGGAUUGCUGUGGACUGUAGGUCAAUGAUAGGUCUGUGAUCAAUAAUAUGGAAAUAAACAAUGUAUUGCCUUCUA